AUGGCGGAGCACAGCGGGCUGGACAUCAUGUGUCCGAACAACUACUGCCACAGCUCCGCGUCCUCCUCCAGCUCCGAGCGCGACAAGAGAAUGUUCUCCCGGAUCAAAACAAGCCUGUCCGCGGACUACCCCAAGAAGAACGCGGAGAUCCUGAGCGGUCAGUACGGCACCAACCUGCUGCUCAUCGGGGCCGCGCUCAUGCUCGCCAUCGCCAACCACGGCCCCGCGGUGCGCGAGGAGCACCUGCUCGAAUUCCUCAGCGUCGUCAUGGGGCUGCAGCUCGCGUGGAUGAUGUGGUACAUCCUCGUGCGGGUCCGGCACAACAGUGCGCACACGGAGAAGGACAAACACGUUACGACCUGUUGGAUCCGAGGUGGUCUGACGCUCCUCGCGCUGCUCUCCCUCGUGAUGGACGCGUUCCGUAUCGGUUAUUACGUGGGCUAUCACGCAUGCGUGUCGGCGGUGCUCGGGGUGUACCCGGUGCUCCACGCAGCGCACACUAUUGCUCAGGUGCAUUUCCUGUGGUUCCACAUUAAAGACGUCAUCAAGUCGUUCGAGACGUUUGAAAGGUUCGGGGUGAUCCACGCCGUCUUCACGAACCUCCUGCUCUGGUGCAGUGGAGUCAUGUCCGAGGCCGAACACUUCCUGGAAAAUCACAUCAGGAGAAACAACGAGGAAAACCCCGGGAACUUCAGCACAGAUUUCUCGGAGCCUGAGUGUAACUGCUCGACGUCGACGUGUUCGCUCUUCGCCAACAGCCUCGUUUAUCUUUACCCGUUUAACAUCGAGUACCACAUCUUCGUGUCGGCCAUGUUGUUCGUGAUGUGGAAGAACAUCGGUCGGACGCUGGAGCGGCGCGGCUCUCGUCUGCGCCCGCUGCCCAUCAGCCGGUCCCUGAGCGUGGGUCCGGUCCUGGGGCUGUUGGCGUUGGCGAGCACCAUCACGGUGCUGGUGGUUUAUCUGACGCACGUGGAGAUGAACGAGGAGACGCGGCGGGCGGCGGUCUCCAUGUACUACAUCUACGGCAUCGUGAUGCUGCUGAGCAUGUGCGGCGCGGCGGCGGUCGGGCUGCUGAUCUACCGCGUGCAGCACUGUCCCUUCGACACGUCCAAAAACCCGUCUCGACAGCUGGACACGCAGCUCCUGGUCGGCUCGUCCGUGGGCUCGUGGCUCAUGUCCUGGUGCAGCGUGGUUUCCGUGGCGACCAGCAGUAGCUCCGCCCCUCACCGCUGGACCAACGGGCUUUACUCGCUGCUGAUCGUUCUGGAGAAGUACGUCCAGAACCUCUUCAUCAUCGAGUCUCUGUACCGUCAGGAGGAGGCGGAGCUGCCCGCCGCGCCAGAGAUUUUCUCCGUCACUUCGUCUCUGGCGCCCCCUUACGGCGGCAUCAUAAACCGCGCCUACGAGACGCAGGAGCGCGGGAUAGAGGAGGGGGAGGAGACCGCCGUGGUCUAUGGCCGAAAACCCUCUCAGGUGCCGCUCCCCGUGGGCACCAACCUGCCCCCGCCCCCCCGACUCAAGAGGAAACUGCUCAAGAACAUCGCGCUCUUCCUCACCAUGUGCAACGUCUGUUUGUGGAUCUUGCCGGCGUUCGGCUGCCGGCCUCAGUACGAUAACGGUCUGGAGGAGGAGACGUUUGGAUUUUCCAUCUGGACGACGGUUUUAAACUUCGCCAUUCCCCUGAACCUGUUUUACCGGAUGCACGCCGUCGCCUCGCUCUUCGAAGUCUUCCUCCGCGUCUGA